AAAUUAUUGGGCCGAAUCCAACUUUUGUCGCCAGCUGUAAACCCUAGCUUGAGGAUUGAGGGUUUUUGUAGCUUUUUGUUUUAGAGCAAGAGAUCCACCAUGAUGUCGCAAAAAAACCUUCAAUCUGAUCCUAUUCGAAAUCCUAGAGUGACAUGGGAAGGUUGCAGUGUAUUGCUCGACAUCAACAAUGGUGACCGUCUGGUUUUUGCUCGUCUCACUGCCGGCUCGUCGUUGAAAAUUGGAAAUAAGAACUGUUCCCUGCAACCGUUGAUUGGCUGUCCUUUCGGUUGUCUGUUUCAAGUCGAUAAUGAAAAGGAAGGGCCUUAUUUAUCUCGGGUUAUUCCCACUAUAGAAGAUGAUAUUCAAGAAAAAGAAACUAUUCAAAUGAAUGAUGGAUUAAGAGACAAUCGAGCUAUUGUUGAUAAUAAUAAAGCCCAAAGCUUAACUGGUGAAGAUAUAGACGCAAUGAGGCGACAGGGUGCCACAGGUGGCGAAAUUGUUGAAGCACUCAUUGCUAACAGUGCAACAUUUGACAAGAAAACAUCUUUCUCACAGGAGAAGUAUAGACUUAAAAAGCAAAAGAAGUAUGCACCCAGAGUCCUUGUAAGGCGUCCUGUUACUAGAAGUAUAUGUGAGGCAUACUUCAAGAAAUAUCCCGCAAGAAUUGGAUUCUUGCGAGUUGAUGCUUUAUCUCUUCUGCUCUCAAUGGCUAAUGUAACCUCCAAUUCUGAUGUUCUUGUGGUUGAUAUGGUUGGUGGCCUUCUUACUGGUGCUGUGGCAGAACGCUUAGGAGGUACAGGUUAUGUUUGCAACACUUGUCUUGGAGAUUCACCGUAUCCUAUGGAUAUAGUGCGGAUAUUUAACUUCAGUGAUCAAAUUUGCAAGAGGAUUAUACGGGCUUCUCUGAAUGAUUUUAGUCUAUCUCAAGAUGAAAGUUCCAAGCAAAGUGAUCAAAAUGAAAACGAGCUAGUUUCUUCACCAGUUAUCAUGGAAGGUGUAUCUUUCUCAUCUGAAAAUGGGGUUUCUGAUAUUAAUUCUGAGGCCCCUGUGAACAAGGUUUGCAAACCCCCCAAAGCUGGGGAGAAGGCAUCACAAGAGGCCCUUAAGUUGUGGAAAGAAAAUGGUUUUUCUAGCCUACUAAUUGCUGCGCCAGAGCUUGAUCCAUCCAGCUUAGUCAUAGAUCUCCUGCCACUUUUAUCAUAUUCAGCUCCCUUUGCAAUCUAUCACCAAUAUCUGCAGCCUCUUGCAACAUGCAUGCACAAUCUACAGCUUGGGAAAAUGGCAAUUGGUUUGCAAAUUUCAGAACCUUGGCUUCGUGAAUAUCAGGUUCUUCCAUCAAGAACUCAUCCAUGCAUGCAGAUGAGUGGAUUUGGAGGGUACAUUCUGAGUGGGACUAGGGUAUUUAGCAGCUAAUAAUACCAGUUCCGUGGCAGCAAGCGCAAUUGAGAGUGAAUGAGAAUGUGCCCUAGCAUAGCAUUUGUUUGGAUUGUAUUUUAUGUUUCUAAUUGUGUACACUAGCUAUAAACAUGCAACUAAGGUGUAAGUGAGCUAAACCUGAGUACUGGGCUCGAUUACAUUAGGUAGAGCUUAAUCUUAAGUUCACCGAGCGGGUGAGAUUUUUGUAUGAUCUUGAAUUUGUCAAAAAAAUAAUAUUUUAAUUUUAUAAUUUAUAAAUUUAUCAA